CUGGAAUAACACCCAGUGUUUGUUCUUGGUAGUUCUCCUCGCUCCUGUGGCCAUGGCAGAGUCCUCCGCCCAUUUGCGGAUGGUGGAGGUCAAUGGCAUUCGCAUGAGGAUCGCUGAAGAAGGCGACCCCUCACAGCCUUUGGUGCUUCUCCUGCAUGGCUGGCCGGAGUUUUGGUACUCCUGGCGAUGGCAGCUGAAGGCUUUGGCCAACGCCUCGUACUACGCGGUCGCACCGGAUCUUCGCGGCUUUGGGCAGACGGAGGCGCCGCUGGCAGUGGAGGACUACGACUGUGACUUUCGGCUGGACAGAGGGCGGAAUCCGAGUGCAUUGGACAAGACCUUUUGGCUCUCCUGAAGUUGUUGAAGAAGCCUUGUUACGCGCUCGUCGGUCACGAUUGGGGUGCGAUUCUGGCUUGGCACUUGGGAUGCCUCUAUCCAGAGGCCUUUCCAAGGCUAUGUGUGAUGAGCGUACCACCUGUCACGCUGGUCGGCAAGAUGCCACCAGUGAAUCAGAUGUCAGCCAAGUUCGGUGAGGAUUUUUAUUACAUCCUUUACCACAACGAGUACCUCCACUAUGGCGAGCCCUGGCCCAUUGACGAUGCGUCGGCGCGCACAGGGCCUGCUGAGAAGGA